CGUGUGCGUCAGGAUCAAAUAGAGGACGACGAGCGAACGGUUGGGCAGGGAAUUUUGACCGGUCUUGUUUUGUAAAUUUACGCAAAGUUUUUAAACUUAUACGACAGUGUUUCAUUCGACACACGCUGUUAACAAGCGUGAGAAGCCAACAUGCCGCUGCUGUGGGCGUUUUGUGCCAUUUUAUUUAGUUUUCACCAGGCCUUUGCCGGGACAGCGGGCUUUAUAAAGUCACCCAUGUCUCAGACAAAGCUGGUAGGUGACAGUGCUGUUAUGCACUGUGAGGUGAUGGGGAACCCCAUCCCAGAGUUGCAGUGGUGGUUUAUAGAGGGUGAUGAGCUCAAUGAGACAGCCUCUCAGCUAUUUGAAGGAGCACAGUAUGAUCGUGUGCACAUCAACACCACCUACAUCCAGCACAGCGCCAGCACCCUGCUUCUCUACAAUCUCACAUCCAGCGACACUGGGGUUUACGAGUGCCGUGCUUCCAAUGACCCCGACCGCAACUCCCUGAGGACGCUGCCCAAAGUCAAGUGGAUCCGCUCACAGGCCAAUGUUAUUGUGUUUGAAAAGCCUGUGAUUGAGGUUAAUCCCAAAGAGGUUACCAACCAAACCUCUGCCACACUCCGCUGCAAUUUAACCAGCCCAGCAUCUCCAGUCACAGGCCACCACUGGGAAAAAAAUGACGAGGUCAUUUCGACAACACAAAAGAAGGGCGCAGAGCUCUACACGGAGUACACUAUCGAAAAGGUUGACGCCAACUCUGGAAAAUAUGCUUGCGUCUUUGAGUCGGAGACACCUGUUAAAAAGGUCAUCGAAGUAAAAGUUCCUCCUCAUAUUCAUGUCCCCAAGCGCUCUGAGAACGGGAAUGAGAAUGAUAAAGCGGUGCUGGUGUGCGAGUGCCAGAGCUACCCCCUGGUCACUGAGUGGUUCUGGAAUAAGGUCACGGAGUUGGAUGAGACCAUUCAAAUCCACACCAAUGGUACUGGGAGGUAUUCAAUCAAGAGCACACCAAACAAUUCAACGCUGAUCAUCGAUAACCUGAAUAACGAAGAUGCUGCUGACUAUGAGUGCAUCGGGAUGAAUGAGCUUGGCGAGAAGUCCGGCAAAAUCCAACUACGUGUGCGUAGCCGCUUGGCUGCUCUCUGGCCCUUUCUGGGCAUUGUGGCUGAGGUCAUUAUCCUUGUUACCAUUAUCUUUGUCUAUGAGAAGCGGAGAAAGCCUGACGAGAUUAAUGACGAUGAUGACUCAGGAUCAGCCCCACUGAAGAGCAACUCUGCUACAAACCAUAAGGACAAGAAUGUGCGACAAAGAAACUCCAACUGAGAGAUGAGGUUUUCUGAUGACUACUAAUCAAGAGAAGAAAAGCAUGAAGUUGCUGUGUGGCUCAUGAAGAUUGUGUGCUCUGCAUUUUGAGUAAUCACUUUCUGCUUGAGUGUAAAUGUCUUGAAUAUUGAUUUGCUUUUGUUUUCAUUCUCUCCCAGUAUUCCUCUCUGUAUUGUGCUGCCAGCGAGCGUGUUCUUAAAAACCAGGUUUCAGGGUAGGGAGCAGGGAAAUGCAUGAUUGUAUGCUUGCUGUAGAAGAGUAUUGUAGUGAAAUCAUUUUCUUGUGGGAAUGAACUGAUGGUUUUUCUUGUUGGCUUCCUCUACUGUGCCACACAACUUUUAGCUUGGAUACCAAACUUAGCAAUGUGAUCAGCUACAUCCUGCCUCUGAAAUCAGCCUGGGGUGGGUGGAGUGUGGGUUUUUUUUUUUUUUUUUUUUGCUGCGCCAUUUUCUUCAGCUAAUUUGAACCAUGUAUGGUAACGUUUUGAUACCCAAGCUAUUAUAAUUCUGCAUCUAUUCUAAAAGCCUAUAUAUAGUCUCCUCCAUUUGGCAGCAUGGGAUUUACAGAUGAGUGUCUUGAGCUGUUCUUGAUGUCUAUUACUACUACAAACCAGUUGUUUAAAAGGUUCUUCUAUUUAGUUCACUUUUAGGCAGUUUUUUUUUUCCCUGUAAGCCUUAAUGUUUCAUUGUAUAUGCUUAAUUUUUAGUCAGAUAUUAAUUAUUGCAGCACAUAACCAGCCACGUUAUUGCAGUAUAUCAAAUUGCACUGUUGGUCAACUACAGAAUGCCACUUGUGUUUAAUUCUUGUCCAAGACUCAUUUCCCCCCCCCACCCCAUUUUUUUUUUUUUAUAUAUAUAAAGUGAUGCUAUUUAAGUGCAAUGUUUGAUUUUUGUAAUAACAGUAAACAUGCAUUGAAAAGGACCAAGUAUGAAUAGUUUGUGCCAUUUACUACUUGGAUAAUACAGAAUCCUGUACUAAUCCAGAAUAAACCUAAUUUUAAGACCAAUUCAGAAGCCAUUCUAUACACAAUUGAAUUUGUGCCAUUUCUUUAAAAGGCAUGUUUAAUGUGAAGAACUUUUGAGCUGGUGUAAAUUUAUUUUUCCUUGGACAUAAAUUUUAAACUGUCCGCUUUACUGACUUGCACAUUCUGAAUAAAGUUUUGGUUUGAUUUUAA